AUGUCUAGUGAGUUGUUGUGUCUGGAGAGGCCUUUGUUUGGUGGCGCUAUUUCCAGCGCCUUCCCUCAAAGAUUCCAGGAUGCGAGUAAUAUAAGACAAGUUCCAGAUCAUCAGGAAGUGUUUGUGGAUCCUUCAAGAGAUGAGAGUUUGAUAUUUGAGCUUCUAGAUUUCAAGACUGAGGUUGGUGACAACGGCAGUGCUUCUUGGUUUCUUCACGAUCUUGCUCGUGAACAAGAUGCCGAAGCAUUCAAGUUGAUUGAGCAAUCACAAGUCAUUGCUGCGCCUGGACUGUCCUUCAGAAACAUCCCUGCCGUUGUGACAACUGCUGUUGCAGAGAUGGCUAUAUCCAAAGGAAGACAGGGAAGAGAAGCACAAAACUUAGUGAAGGUUUAUGUGGCAAACCUUCGUCUCAAGGGAGUUGAAACAGAUGUCUUAGUGACUGCUUAUGAACCUAUUCUCAUCAACCCGCUGAGCGAAAGUGCGAAUGCUGUUGGGUCUGGUUUAGCUGUGCCAGCUUCACAAUCUGGAGUUUUGCCAAUGUGUGAUGUCAUCAAACAGGCACUCUCUACCUUCAAAGUCAAUGACUGGAGUCUUUUCGGUUCCUCAUCAGCUUGAGUCUAUGAGCAAAAAAAACAACAAACAAUGCAAAUCUGUCAGCUGGUGUUAUGUCAGUACCGGUUUCUUAAAUGCUGAAAGUUCAUUUGUGUUGGGUUUAGAUAGCUUCUCAAGCGGUUUGGGUCUAUACAAACUUUGAGUUGAUCGGUUUAGAGUUCUCUAGUUUUUCUUUUUUCACAUUUAUUAUUUUUCCAUUUCAAAUGGAUGAAAGAAAUUUUUUUUUUAA